AUGUCGACCCAAGCUGCUCCGGCCGUCCCUCCUCGACCGGCUAGAUCGCCUCAGCCGUCGUCUUUAGAAGCUCCUAAGAUUCCUCCCCGCCCGAACAACCGUCGAGUCGAUCGUUCAGUUUCCCCCAUGCGUGACAGCUACGCUCCCUCGCCGUUCAAUGAAUGGAGCGGUCCCGGGGUGACUCGUACCAUUUCCAAUGAUCUGCCCCCGCGUCCUCCUAGUGUGACAAUCCCAUCUCUCGGUGAGGAGGGUAUCGAAUAUGCCGACCUCGACCCGGUCAAUAUCUCGGACAACCAUCAUCAAACCCCCGCGGAGACUCGCAAUGUCAGCAGUGAUCUCAAGAUCCAUGCACCGAGACCCUCGUUGCCCACCUCAAGUGCUAAAGCGAAAGUCCAGGCUGUCACCCGUACCGAUUCUCGACAGGCCGCCGCCGCGGGAAUAGGUCACGAAGCAUCUCCAGCUCGUGAUGAACAAGACCGCUCUAGCCGCUCGUUACAUUCUCGCACCAGUGGCUCUCGCGCUGGGUCGUCAACUGCCUCCCAUGACCGUCGUCACUCCGCUCAGCUCAGUGACGAGCAGGGUUUCCGUGUGCCCAUGUAUCCCAAUGCUGGUGACGUCCAGGCGCCAUCCCCGAGCCCUUAUCUCGAGCAGGGCUCGCAACGUUCGGGCCGCAACCACAACCGUACUCGCAGUCAUCGUGACUCUUCCUUGCCACCUGGAAGCUAUGGUCUGCAUGGACAUGGUGUCCAGAAUCCCGAUAAGUUCGAGAAGGCUUGGUAUGAUAAGCACCCGGACGAGUUCGUCAAGGAGGAAGGGCAGUACGGUCCUGGUGUCGGCACUCCGCGUCCCGAUUGGGCAUUGAGCAGCGACGACCUCAACAAGAUCGUUCGAAGCUCCGCCCAGACCGGUUCCGGCCUUGGUACCUCCCCAGCUGUCGCGGGUACUCCCGAAGAGGAGGUCGGAUAUAUGGCGUCUGAUGAAUACAUGCACCGCAUGGUUUCUCCCCCACCUGAUGCACGACACGAAACUCAGCCGGCCGUUGAGUCGCCUCUGCGCCAUAUGAGUUUCCCUGUGGAAGCCGGCCAGAAUCCACCCGUAGGAACCCCGCUGCGUCAUCGCAGACACAGUUCGCAUGGCAACGGAGAGCGUGAUGUAAUCCACGUGGAUGAUCCCAAGCAUCCUUUGCACCACCCGGAUGGGUUUGCCCCGACUCCGGCGACGGAGGAGAGUGAGCCAACAUUCCAGGAUGAUGAGGACGAAGAAGAACCGAUUCUAGCUGCGGAUGAAGUGCGUCCCGAGUCGGCAUAUCUGCAUCCUGCGAUCUCGCCCACAUUUGAUUGCCGGGGAAGUUUCGAAGAGGAGCAUCGCAGUCGCACUGGGAGUGCCUCGCAUAGUCGUUCUAACAGUAGAUCGGCCAGUGGGCAAGGCCAGUUCCCUGUGUUGACUCGCUAUGACUCCCGCGAGGAUACCCAUACCCCCCUCGAAAAUGUCGAGGAGUAUGAACCGCUGUUCCCUGAAGACGAUUCGAAGAAAGAGCGUCCUAUCUCCGCUGCGGAUCGCUUCAAGAAGAGACCUGAUUCACUCAGACACAGAUUCCCUAGUCAGGAUAUCUGGGAGGAUACACCCAACAGUCUGCAGCUUCAUGCCACAGUGACUACCCCGGAUUUACCCAAGCGGGACUCCACCGAGGUAUUUGAAACACCUGAACAGGAGGCCCACCGCAGGAUGCAAACCACCAAGCUUGACUCACAUCAAGUUGCGACUCAUAUCCUAGAAGGCGAGAGCUCCAAAGAGAAGCCCACGCGUCCAGAUACAAUCAAGCAGCGUUUCCCUAGUAGAGAUAUUUGGGAAGAUGCUCCGGAUAGUCAGCAGCUGGUAACCACGGUUGAGCCUGCCAAGGAAGAAGUCAAAAGCCCCGACGUACCAUCUCGGCCCAAUCCUCCUCCCCGCCCCCAGAAGCAGGCUCAAGCUACUUCACCAGUGGAAAAGCGUCAACCCCCAUCAAUUCCAGAGAGACCGAAGCCCCAGGUUCCGGCUCGUCCCGCCAAAUCUAUUUCCCCCGCCUCGGUAGGUACGGAAGACGCAUCGCGAGAAGCCCCGGCAGUCAAGGCCAAGCCUGCAAUUCCAGCUCGUCCCGGUGGAAACAAGAUCGCCGCUCUGAAGGCCGGUUUCCUGACUGAUCUGAACUCCCGCAUCGGGCUGGGCCCUCAACAGCCGAAGCCCCAGCCAAAGGAGCCUGAGCCUGCAGCAGAAAAGCAACCUCUGAGUGACGCUCGCAAGGGUAGAGCACGUGGCCCGGCCCGCCGCAAGCCAGCAGUGGAGCAGAUAACCCCCAAGCUCCCGACAAUCCCAGAGAUUAAGAUCUCAGAAGCAAUCAACGUUUGGCAGAUCGGACACGACGGCAGCCUGACAGUCGGUAACCCCGAGAAGGAAGAAACCCCCGCGCCAGCGCCAGCAGCGCCAGCCGUGCCAGCCGAAGAACCAGCCGAGAUACCACCCAUGGUAAGCCAAAGCACCAAGGAAGAACCUAUAGAGUCAGAACCGGAAGCUCCGGCCGCAGCUCUAGACCUCGCAUCUUCAUCUUCACCGGAAAUCACCAAACCAGUCCUAGACAAUAUGCAGAUCUCAGCAGAAGCCCCCGAAGCCAUAGAAGCAUCGUCAGGAACAAUGAAGCCUAUCAUCGACCCACCAAGCAAGCAGUCAAUCGAUCCUACCUCUGAAGCCGGCUCUUCGAAAUUGAAAGAGGGUCAAGAGGAUGCAGAGCAGAGCAAGCCUUCUGAAAUGACAGGUGCUGCGCAGGCGUUGGCUGAUUCUAGCUCUGCUGCGCGCCAGCUGGAUGAUACGCUUGAGACGCUUGCUGCGUCGGCGGAUGGGAAGAGGAAGUCUGAUGGUCAUGUUCACGAUGACGAGUAG